AUGGCGUUGAAAGCCCGAGCGCUUUACAACUUCCAGAGUGAAAACAAAGAGGAGAUCAGCAUCCAGGAGAACGAGGAGCUCGUCAUCUUCAGCGAGAACUCCCUGGAUGGCUGGUUACAGGGCCAGAACAGCAGGGCCCCCCGGGGCACCAAGGGGCCCCCUCCCCCCAGCCUGCAGUCCCCGCCGGCCUACGGCCACCACCAGCACGCCGGUUACCGUCCCAAGCCGGCCCUGGAAAGGCAGGACAGCAUGAGCUCCUCCAAGAGGGGCAGCGUGGUGGGGAGGAACCUCAACCGCUUCUCCUGCUUCGUCCGCUCGGGGGUGGAGGCCUUCAUCCUGGGCGACGUGCCCCUGAUGUCCAAGAUCGCUGAGGCCUACUGCAUCGAGAUGGGCUCCAAAGGGCCCCAGUGGAGGGCCAACCCCCACCCCUUCAUCUGCUCCGUGGAGGACCCCACCAAGCAAACCAAGUUCAAGGGCAUCAAGAGCUACAUCUCCUACAAGCUGACCCCCAGCAACAUCAACUCGCCCGUCUACCGGCGCUACAAGCACUUCGACUGGCUCUACAACCGCCUCCUGCACAAGUUCACCGUCAUCUCGGUGCCCCACCUGCCCGAGAAGCAGGCCACGGGGCGCUUCGAGGAGGACUUCAUCGAGAAGCGCAAGCGGCGGCUCAUCCUCUGGAUGGACCAUAUGACCAGCCACCCCGUCCUCUCCCAGUACGAGGGCUUCCAGCACUUCCUCUGCUGCCGCGACGAGAAGCAGUGGAAGCUGGGCAAACGCCGGGCGGAGAAGGACGAGAUGGUGGGCGCCAGCUUCCUCCUCACCAUCCAGAUCCCCACGGAGCACCAGGACUUGCAGGACGUGGAGGACCGCGUGGAUGCCUUCAAGGCCUUCAGCAAGAAGAUGGAUGACAGUGUCCUGCAGCUGACCAACGUGGCCUCGGAGCUGGUGCGCAAACACGUGGGGGGCUUCCGGAAGGAGUUCCAGAAGCUGGGCAAUGCCUUCCAAGCCAUCAGCCACUCCUUCCACAUGGACCCCCCUUACAGCUCAGAUGCCCUCAACAAUGCCAUCUCCCACACGGGCAAGACCUAUGAGACCGUGGGGGAGAUGUUUGCUGAGCAGCCCAAGAACGACCUGUUCCUCAUGCUGGACACUCUCUCUUUGUACCAAGGGCUCCUCUCCAACUUCCCAGACAUCAUCCACCUCCAGAAAGGCGCCUUCGCCAAGGUGAAGGAGAGCCAGCGGAUGAGCGACGAGGGCCGGAUGGACCAGGAGGAGGCGGACGGGAUCCGCAAGCGCUGCCGGGUGGUGGGCUUUGCCCGGAUGCAGUCUACCCGGAAGCAGCAGAUCGUCUUCUACCAGCGGGUCAGCCAGCAGCUGGAGAAGACGCUCCGCAUGUACGACAACCUCUAAGGCCUCUCCGCUCGCUGCCCCGCCGAAACCCUGCCCUGCUCUCCCCGCCGCCUCUGAUCCUGACCGGCUGAGAACGGACGGGAACUCAUCACGCUAGUGACCAAAUAACUUGGAGCUUUC